GUUGUACGGUUCACGUCUUCAUCAUAUUCUGUCCACAUAGAAGCCCUCCUGGGAAUCAUAAGCUGUGAGAGCCACCACAUACGAGAGUGUGGACUGAGCCCAGUUCUGAGGACUCGACACCCUCUCCCUGCCAUCCGGCUACUUGCUCAGCCCUUCUGAGACUGUGCCACCAUUCUCUGGCAGGAUGAAUGCCCUUGAUGGCGUCCCCUUCAAGGUGCCCAAGGGCUUUGUGAUGGACACAGAGCCCCACCCUGUGCCUGAGCUCAGUGUCCGGGACUGUAGAGAGCUCCUGUUGGGCACAAUGUAUGACUUCAGCCUGGAAAAGAAGGCUCUUUUCUGGGUGGAAGCAGCCACCCGAGGAUCUUGGUCCUAUCAGUGCAAUGACCUGGGGAUUGUAUCAGCCCCUCCAGCCUGGUUCUUACUGGUCAGUCCAAAAUACAGUCAGAUGCCUGAAUCUGCCGAAAUCAGAGACCCAGAGGCCGGACUGCAAGAACCUCCUGAGAAGGAAAAGGAGAAGGAGAAGGAGGAGGAGGAGGAGGAGGAGGAGGAGGAGGAGGAGGAGGAGGAGGAGGAGGAGGAGGAGGCGGCAGAAGAGAAGGGGGAUGAGGAAGAUGCUUCCUCUGACAGCAAGCAGGGGAUGGACUCCAGCAGCCCUCAGCCUGGCUCUCCUACAAGCCACCGUCGCUGUUCCCUAGAUGUGCUGCGAAACAUGAGGUCUGAGCUGGCUGAUGCCAGGCGGCGGCUCUCGGAGAGUAGACUAGCCACGUGUCCUCGAGCCUUCCUGCAUCGUUUCCGCGGCCACCGCACACUGAGCCUGAGUGGCAGCCCGGCUCCAGCCCCUGGCCCAGCACCGCAGCCCCCCAACAUCUCCGAGCUGCCCCCACGACCCUCCACCGCCGGUGCCAUGCCUCCAUUGCGGAGCCACAAGCCCACAGUUGCUUCCCUCAGCCCAUACACCUGCUUGCCACCUCUUAGGGAGACACCCCAGCCCCUCGUCUCCUGUAGACUGCAUCCUGAUUCAGCACCUGACCUGCUGUCUGCCCUGACCAAAGAGGAGCAAGACCUCAUCGAGCCAGUGGUCGCCUUGGGCUAUCCCCUGGGAAGGGCCAUCUUGGCGCUGCAGAAGACUGGGAGGCAGAGCCUGAGUCAGUUUCUCGGCUACCUCAGUGCCUGUGAAAGGCUGCUGCGGCAGGGCUACGACGAGGCGCUGGUGGACGAGGCCAUGGAGAUGUUCCAGUUCUCUGAGCAUCAGGCAGGGGAGUUCCUGCGCCUCUGGCAACAGUUCAGUGACAUGGGCUUCCAGCAAGACCGGAUCAAGGAGGUGCUGUUGGUCCACGGCAAUCAGCGAGAACAAGCUUUGGAAGAGCUGGUAGCCUGCGCCCAGUGACAAGCAAGGACACUGUUUGGUGCAUGGCUGACAGUGAAGUACCAGACCUGCCACCCAUCCCAACUGUAUCAUUAAAAGAUAGUGGUAGUGGUAUUCACCUUUAGUCCCAGCGCUAGGGCUGCAGAGACAGGCGGAUCUCUGAGUUCA